GGCAGGCUCAGAAGUCUGGACAUGGGUGCAGUGACCUAUGAUGAUGUGCACGUGAACUUCACUCGGGAAGAGUGGGCUUUGCUGGAUCCUUCCCAGAAGAGUCUCUACAAAGGUGUGAUGCUGGAGACCUACAGGAACCUCAUGGCUAUAGGUAUAAAAGAACACAUACUGGAGAGAAACCUUAUGAAUGUAAUGAAUGUGGUAAAGCCUUUGCACUACACAGUCAUCUUAAAAUACAUAAAAGAAUACAUACUGGAGAGAAACCCUGCAAAUGUAAUCAAUGUGAUAGAAACUUUUCACAACAAACCUUUGUGUGCCAUAGUAGCCUCCAAAUACAUUAAAGAACACAUGCUGGAGAGAAACCCUAUGAAUGUGAGCAAUGUGGUAAAGCCUUUGCAAAUCACAGUGAUUUCCAAAUACAUAAAAGAACACAGAGCUUUAGUCCCAGAACUUGGAAGG